AUGUUCAAUAAUCUUUUUAAUUAUUGUUUUCCACCAAUAGAUAUUGAUGAAGAUGCACAAUUAACAUCAACUACUCGUAUGGUACCAUUUGAUACGCGCAUUGAAAUGGAAUGUAAAAACUUUCUGCCUGAAGUCGAUGAGACAUGGUCAUUGAUACGUCAACUAUCAAAAGAUGUAGUUCAAUUUCGUGAAAUAUCUCAUGCAUACAAAUAUGAACAUUCUGAAGACGAACAAAAACGUUAUUUGGAUCAAUUAAAAACCAUUGAUGGCACUAUAUACAAUUUAGCAUUUGCAAUUCAUCAGCGUAUACAAUUAGCUGAAAAAGUUGUUCAACCACUGUUAAAUGAAUUUCGUUCUAGUACAUUAGAUGAACAAGAAUCAAAUAACUAUGUACCAGCUUACAUUCGUAUAGCUGAAAAUCAAUUGAAUAGUUUAAAACUAUCGUUUAAACGUAUUAUACUAAAGCAUAAUUCGAAUUCAAUUGAUUAUCAAAAUGAUCUAAAACGAUCUUUUGAAGUAUCUCGAACAACCGUUGAUAACAUAAAAACUAUCGUAAAUCAAGAUGAAGAAAAUUUACAUCGAACAUUAACGGUAUCAGACGAACAAAUGCAAUUACAAACAACAGAGCAUAAGCCACAACAGCAACAAGAUUUAACUAAAGAAGAAAUAGAAAUAGCCGAUCUUCAAACACGCUUAGAAAGUGUACGAGUAUUGAACGAACGUGUUCGACAAAUGAAUGAAAUGACCAUGGCAUUAUAUCUUUCUGUUCAAGAACAAAAUGAAUUAGCAGAUAAUAUUUGGUUAAAUACAACCACUGGAUCUGAUUAUAUUUCGCAAAGUGUUGAUGAAUUUCGAUUGAUUAAUAAUUUGAAACAAUCUAAAAUGGCUCUAUGGAUCAAAUUACUAUGUUUUACAUUUUGUUUUCUUCUAAUGUUUUUACUUAUAUUGACGCUCAUAAUUGUUCUUAGUCAAAAAUAA